CUGGGCCUGGGACUCUCCAUAUACUCCCUCCAACAAUAAGUCUCCACGUUUCUGCUGAGGUCGGGGGAUGGGAAAUAGGGAUUGGCAAGAUUCUUACAUGCGUCCAGAAGGACCUGCUGCCACCAAUUCCUGAUUCCACUGCCAACUUAGAGUUGCUUCCUGGAGAGCUGUUUCCACCUGCCCAUCUGUUUCCCCAGCUUCCUAAAUGUUGAUGCUGCCUCCUCUCCCGCAUUCCCCAUCGUCGUGGGCUUGUGUUUUUAAGGCUUUUCUCUUCUCUCUUACCGUAGCGUUUCAGGAGGCAAAGGGAGGUGUGUGUGUGUGCCUCCCCCAUCUCCACCUGGAAGCCGUCACUGCCGAGGUCAUUGUCACAGAGCCCCUGGGCGACCUCGGAAGUCACACACGGCGGGGGAACCGCGGAGGUUCGGGGUGAGGGACAGAGCCGGGACUCGGUCCCGGAGCUGGCUGCCAUCCAGGUUCAGCCCCUGGCUCCUGGAGCACCCUGUCCUCCCUGCCCGGAAGUCUGGGCAGGCAGGAGUCAUGGGGUCUGUUCCCAGAAUGCCAGGGGCAGGGCGGCUGGGGGCAGGGCCGGCCGUUGGACAAACAGAUCAAAGGUGAGGCGCCCUGGGGCUCCAGACCGGGCCCGGCCGAGCGCACCAUGAGGCUGCUGGUCAUGCUGGGCCUGCUGUGGGGCUCGGCAGCCGCCACGUCCUCGGGCCCGCAGUGGCCCAAGCCCGUGUUCGGGCGCCUGGCAUCUCCUGGCUUCCCAGGCAAGUAUGCCAACAACCAGAAGCAGCGCUGGGCCCUGACGGCGCCCCCCGGCUACCGCCUGCGCCUCUACUUCACUCACUUCCACCUGGAGCCCUCCUACCUCUGCGAGUACGACUUCGUCAAGCUGAGCGCGGGGCCCACGGUGCUGGCCACGCUGUGCGGGUCGGAGAGCACGGACACGGAGCGGGCGCCCGGCAACGACACCUUCUACUCUCCGGGCUCCAGCCUCGAUGUCACCUUCCGCUCCGACUACUCCAACGAGAAGCCGUUCGCGGGCUUCGAGGCCUUCUACUCAGCAGAGGACAUCGACGAGUGCCAGGUGCCCCCAGGAGAGGCCCCCCCCUGCGAGCACCACUGCCACAAUCACCUGGGUGGCUUCUACUGCUCCUGCCGUAUGGGCUACGUUCUCCACAGGAACAAGCACACUUGCUCAGCCCUGUGCUCAGGCCAGGUCUUCACCGCCCGGUCUGGGGUGCUCAGCAGCCCUGGAUACCCUCAGCCGUACCCCAAACUCUCCAGCUGCACCUACAGCAUCCGCCUGGAGGAGGGGUUCCGUGUCACCCUGGACUUCGUGGAGUCCUUUGACGUGGAGUCGCACCCUGAGACCCAGUGCCCCUACGACUCCCUGAAGAUUCAAACAGACAAGGAGGAAUAUGGCCCAUUUUGUGGGAAGACGUUGCCGCACAGGAUUGAAACCAAGAGCAACACAGUGACCAUCACCUUUGCCACCGAUCAGUCGGGGGACCACACGGGCUGGAAGAUCCACUACAACAGCACAGCUCAGCCCUGCCCUGACCCGACAGCACCACCUAACGGCCACAUCUCCCCUGCGCAGGCCAAAUACGUCCUGAAAGACCACGUCUUUGUCUUUUGCGAGUCGGGCUACGAACUUCUGCAAGGUUAUUGGCCCCUGAAAUCAUUUGUUGCAGUCUGUCAGACAGAUGGAUCUUGGGACAAACCGAUGCCAGAGUGCAGCAUUGUUGACUGUGGCCCUCCUGAUGAUCUGCCCAGUGGCCAAGUGGACUAUAUCACGGGUACUGAGGUGACCAUAUACAAAGCUGUGGUUAAAUAUCGCUGCAAUGAGUUCUACACAAUGAGAACAAAUGAUGGUAAAUAUGUGUGUGAGGCUGAUGGAUUCUGGACGAGCUCCAAAGGAGAAAAAUCACUCCCCGUCUGUGAGCCUGUUUGUGGAAUAUCCACCCGUACCACAGAAGGUCGUAUAUAUGGAGGACAAAAUGCAAAGCUUGGUGAUUUUCCUUGGCAAGCCCUGUUAUUAGGUAAAACUACAGCAGCAGGUGCACUUCUAUAUGACAACUGGAUCCUAACAGCUGCUCAUGCUGUAUAUGAGCAAAGAGAAGACGCCUCCUCCCUGGACAUUAGAAUGGGUGCCCUGAAGAGACUGUCACCUCAUUAUACACAAGCCUGGGCCGAGGCCAUUUUUAUACACGAACGUUACACUCAUAAUGCUGGUUACGAUAAUGACAUAGCAUUGAUUAAAUUGAAGAACAAAGUUGUAUUAAAUAGCAACAUCAUGCCUAUUUGUUUGCCAAGAAAAGAAGCUGAAUCCUUCAUGAGAACCAAUGAUAUUGGAACUGCAUCUGGAUGGGGAUUAACCCAAGGGGGUUUUCUUGCCAGAAAUCUAAUGUUUGUUGACAUACCAGUUGUUGACCAUCAAAACUGUACUGCGGCAUAUGAAAAGAAGUCCUAUCCGGGGGGAAGGGUAACUGACAACAUGCUUUGUGCUGGUUUAGAAAGUGGGGGCAAGGACAGCUGUAAAGGCGAUAGUGGCGGGGCAUUAGUGUUUCUACAUAAUGAGACACAGAAAUGGUUUGUGGGAGGAAUAGUGUCCUGGGGUUCCAUUAAUUGUGGGGAAGCAGAUCAGUAUGGGGUCUACACAAAAGUCAUUAACUAUAGUCCCUGGAUCAAGAACAUAAUUAAUAAUUUUUAACUUGUGUGUCUUCAGUGAGUACAUGAUUCCUUGUUCUAAAAAAUACCUGUAGAAGACCGCAGCAGCAAACUGACCUGAGAAACAUUAACACGACAGUUGCCGUUCCACCUCAA